AUGGAUUCCUGGGAACAAACAUCACCAAUGAUCAAGUUUGAGGACUCACCGGCGGAGUCAUUCGUAUCGACACCCGGCGAGCUCUACCCUUCGCUGUUCGGUGAUGCGAACUCGGCUCCUGACAACACGGUCGAUCCUUCAGACAUGAUGACACCCCCUUCCUUCAACGACGACGAUGACGCCGGCGUAUCAGCGUCCCCCUCGACGACUCCUGCCCCUCCGGGAACCGGAUCUGCCUCCCCAGAUAAGAAACAAACUAAGAAAAGAAAAUCAUGGGGCCAGGUUCUCCCUGAGCCUAAGACAAAUCUCCCCCCCAGAAAACGUGCAAAGACGGAGGACGAAAAAGAGCAACGCCGUGUGGAGCGUGUACUCCGCAAUCGUCGCGCUGCUCAGUCAUCUCGUGAACGAAAGCGUCUUGAGGUGGAGGCUCUUGAGCGACGGAACAAAGAGCUUGAAUCGGCUCUUCAGAACGUCACAAAGGCAAAUCAGCUUCUAGUCGAGGAACUGAACAAGUUCCGUCGUGACUCGGGAAUGUUGACUCGGUCUUCAUCCCCUCUUGACCCUCUUAACGGCAACUCUGUCACUCUGUCUCAGGAGCUUUUCAGUCCCCAAGACGGCCACCAACCUUCGAUGGCCGAGACAAAGUCUCUAGUCGAUAACUUAAUGACUUCGUCUCAACCCAAUGCCACUGUCAAUCCCGCUUCACUAUCCCCGGAGCUUUCGCCUAUUCCCGAGAGCACGAAGACGAAUGUCGCGGAGCAGCAAAUGGCCGAGACCUCUAUUGCGAAGUCUACCUCUGACCUGACACAACGUCCUGCAGCGAUGUUCGGGAUUCUCUCUUCCCCCAACUCCCUCGAUUACGAAAACGAUUAUCUGGCUGGUGACUCUUCCACCUUCUUCCAGGACCCGUUCGACAUCAAUGAGUUCCUUCACGAUGAGGUCAACGGCACAGCCGUCGCAGCGGACCCGGAAUUCGGCGGCGAUCUUGCCAACUCUGAGACUCAGGUCUCUUCAGAGAAUCCUAACCUGCAGCCCCAAUCUGGCGCGUCCACUUAUGGAUGCGACGAUGGAGGCAUUGCGGUUGGUGUCUGA